ACAGCAUCUCCUCAAGCCGCUUGUUUUCUCGUCCGAUUCUUUUAAAAAAGAAAAAGACUCUUCCAUUAGUCGCAGAAAACAAUCGUAAGAGAUUCAAGAAAGAGUUUUUGAGACGGAGAGAGGAGAAGAAGAAGAAGAAGAGACGAACAAACAUGUGCCGUUCGAUCGAAAAUCAUGGCAUCUCCCACAAGGAGAAUGAACGGUUGAAGAUACGAGCGUUUUACCUUCGUCUUUCAGCCUCGAAUGCCGAAACUGCCCUUCCUGAUACCCUAAGCCUCGUCUAUCUCCCACGCAUGACUGGCAGCCUCCUCGAGAUUAACGACGCGAAGAUCCGGCCCGACUCGGCCGCGCUCGUCGCGCUCCACCGAGUCAGGUCGGCGGAGAAGCGAGUCGAGAGCGGGGGGCUUGUGGAAGCGGUUUUCACCAGCACGGACCGGGUUCGAGCGAGCGAAGGGGUUCGGUUCGAGGUGUACUUGAAGGAGGAGAAGGUAUUGAAGGGGAUUUUUCGGAAAGACGAGGACGAGAUGUGGAAGGUGGAGUGCCGGUGCGUCGCGACGGAGGGGGGUCUAGGGGUUUCGGAGGCGGAGGUGUGCGUGGCUGGGGAGAGGUGUGGGAUGAUGAAGGAGAGGGUGGAGAUGGUGGUGAGGAAGAAGAGAAGGGGGUUUGAGGGGUUGGAGGAGAUACCGGAGGAGACGGAGACUGAAUCGGACGGUUGCGAUUGCGAGGAGAUGGAGGUGGGUUCCUCGGACGGUGGGGAUUAUGAAGAGGAUGAGAGGGAGGAAGAUGAGACGGUGGAGAUGGAGAUGGAGGGGGUGAGAUGGGCGGUGGAUUUGGGGAUAUGGGUGAUGUGUUUGGGGGUAGGAAUUUUGGUGUCCAGAGCUUCGACCAAGGGUUUGAUGAGGAGAAGAGGGAGAAAGCUGAUUUGAAUAUACGGGUUUUGGGUAUUCAGAGAGAGAGAGAGAGAGAGAGAGAUUAUUUUGUAAAUGAGAUUUCAGUCAUCGGAUUUUUGGGCGAUUCCUUUUCCUUUUGAUUUUAAUUCGUUUAAUUUUGAUUUUUUUUUUUUUCUCCUCUUGUUUGUGCUUUUCUUUUUAUUUAUUUAUUUUUGUAUUUUUAUCAUGCAUGGUCUUAGAUGUGCAUGGACUUGUAGCACAAGGGGUCGUUUGGCACCAUUGAUUUGAGGGGAUUUUAAAUUCGCAGGUA